AAGCCCUACCAGUUUCUCAGGAGGAAACUGCAUUGCUUAAAUAUGGGCAAGAUAAGACUUUGUGUUUCUCUGUGUGGCAGCAAGACAGUAGAGGCACCCCUAAAACCCCUGAGAAGGAGCAGUGUGGUCUGGGGUACCCGGGCGGGGCUGACCGAGGGUCUUUCCACAGCCCCCUGCCAGUGCUCCAGGCUGAGCCCCCAAAAAAGGAAGAACUGCGGCUUCCCUGGCAUCACCAGCGACCAGUGCUUUGACAAAGGAUGCUGUUUCGACUCCAGUGUCGCUGGGGUCCCCUGGUGUUUCGAACCCCUCCCGAAGCAAGAGUCGGAGCAGUGCGUCAUGGAGGUCUCAGCCCGAAGAGACUGUGGCUACCGGGGCAUCAGCCCGGAGGAAUGCGCCUCUCGGAAUUGCUGCUUCUCCAACCUCAUCUUUGAAGUGCCCUGGUGCUUCUACCCGAAGUCUGUGGAAGGUAACGUGGCUGUGGGACGCGCCGUCUGGUUCCUGGACACCAUGAUUCCUCGUCCGUCCCUAGACGUGGGGUGCGGGGAGGGCAGCUGCCUCGCUGCCUCAACGCCAUCGAGGCCAGGGCCCCUGCCUCCUAUGGGUUUCUGAAGGCAAUUCCAGAAUGUUCUUGGCAAAGACAGCGUCUUUUCAAUAAGUUUAUAACCUCCAGCAUUGCCACUGUGUCAUCUGUGAUGGUUCUAGAAACAGCAGCUCAUCCCUGUCGCCUCCCCAGGUGUUGCAACGUUAAGGGGGGUUGCCUAUUUUAUUGCAAUCUGAUCUGUGUUUGGAGGCUACUGAGUGUCUUGUGCUGUGCUGGGUACCAGAAAGGGCCCAAUUCAAGCAGACCUGGCCCCUCCUCCCGUGGCCUCCCCGUUCUCGCCCACAUGACCCCGAGUGACAAACGUCCCCCACAACGUCCUGCUCCGGGCAGUCCUGGGAGGGUCCCGCCCACGGAGGGGAAUGGGUCCACUUCUCCCAGCCACUUAGUGACAGUGUGUUCCUGACACAGAGUGUAAUAAGAUAAUAAAAAGACCAAGCAGAUCCAGGAAAAUGGGGAAAGAGCGUGCUGGUCCUUGAAGGAUGCCUUUUCUUAGGAUAUCAAAGUAUUCCAAAGAGCAAAAUAUUUCAUGUUCAGGAUUUUCCGAGUGAUUUUCUUAUGUGACCUAAAGGUCAUAAAAAAGGUCGGGGGAAAUGCGCCCCACAGAGGAAACUCUAGCCUGGGGUGGGGGGAUUUGGUCCCCUUAUAUCCCCUCCCCGGGAAAGGGGCUCCUUCUUCAGUAGGAAGCUCCUGGGCAAAGUGACGUGGGCCCACCCCAGCUUCACAGCCUAGGUGCCCCCAUUUCUGGGGUUCCCUUACCAACCGUCUUGCAUUUAAAUUUCUAGAUUGCCAUUACUAAGAGAGGCUGGUUCCAGAGGAUGCAUCUGGCUCACUGGGUGUUCCAAAACCAAAGAAGAAACUUCAGCUCCUUGUCAUCUUCGUGUUUCAUGAAAUCCUGGGUUUUCUUAAUCAUCUUUUUAUCAUUUUCAAUGGUUUAACAUACCAUUUCUUUAAAUAAAACCCUUAAAAUCUG